AUGGAUUCCCGAUAUGUUGAUCACCUGAAGUUAGUGCCCGACCACUGGUGUGCAGUGCAAGAGUUGGCCAACUUUUCGCACGGAGAACAGCACCGAUUCGUGCGACCGGUGGUCCGCCACUCAAACAACACCGACGAUGUGGUCAGGGAUUCGUGUCAUAUGUUUGACGUGGACUACAGGCAAGUGUUGAAUGAUUUACGUCUACCUCAAGUGAAUGCGUCCGUCAAAUGCCAUAAAAGCAAACUCUCGGUCAAGAAAUGCUCGGACGGAUGGGUUUACGACCGGAGCUACUAUUGGGACAGCUUUUCCAUGCAUAUACUAUUCAACGAGAUUCUGUGGUUUUUGGUGAAAAUUCCGGCGAUUCUUAUCACUUGGCCUACUUACCACCAAAAGCCUACAAUUGAAAUACUGGUUAUCAUUGUGUGGAUUACUCUUAAACACAUCAUCUAUUAUGAUAACAUACCUCCAAAUUAUAGAGUCCAGUCCAACGACAUUCAGGACAAUUAUGACAAGCAUUGGUUGUAUUUAGUGGUGGUGUCGAGCGUCACAUUUAUGACUAGUUUUUUGGCCACUUUUCUGAUGGAAACCCUUCGAGAAAAUAUGCCUCAAAAUGUGACGUCUGCUGAGAAGUUGUUGAAUGACAUGAAGUAUUGGAAAUUAGGAAAACGAAAGUGUGAUCUCAAGAGUAAUAUAUUUAAAUCGUUGAGUACUUGGGAUCUCAACGAAUUGGAAGGUCUCGACAAUACAUGA